AUGAAAUUCUCAACUAUCUUCUCAACCGGUUUAUUAGUCGCUGCUACUCAAGCUAACUUAUGUUUUGAUGCUGGUAAAGCUCCUGAAUGUACUGGUGGUAGUUCAAUCAAAUGUAUCCCAGCUCAUAAUGGUGGUCCAGGUUCUGGUCAAGAUGGUACAAGUUAUUGUAGCUUUUAUUGUUCAAAAAUUAAAAGUAAAGCUGAUUGUGAAGCUGCUAAGAAAAAUACAAACAUUUUGAUUGAUUGUAACAAAGUUAAAUAUUGUUAA